AUGGAGGGUGGCAACGUGCUGCUAUCGGAAGCUUAUGCGCUGAAACAUGGUUUGGCUUUGGUCUGGGAGCAGGGUUAUCGUGAUGUCAUAUGCAACAUAGAUUGUGGAGAGCUGCUGCGUUCUUUGGAGGACGAGGAAAGCCGCCGCUUUCUCCCAAUCCUGGCCGAAAUCAGUGACUUCAUCAACAGAGACUGGAGGAUAUCGUUAGUCCCCAUCAGUAGAGACUGCAAUGCUCCGGCGGACUGGUUAGCCAAGAAGGGCGCUACAACACCUACGUCUACCUUUAGCUUGCUAGAGGAGCCUCCUUCGGAGUUAGAGAUCCUUCUAUUGAGGGAUCGGUUAGCUGUUGUUUAG